CGUUGCCGGAGAUUCCUACGAAUAAAAAUUUCCGACAAGGUAAGCCGCUUGCGUUUCGGCUGAGCCUGCACCGGAAUUUCGGAUCCUUGCUCUGGCGUCAGCACCCUGCUUGUCCAUACCACUUGCCGAAUACUCGCUCUUUUCGAUUUCGUUUGUUGUAGAUCGUUGAUGCCGCCAGCUUGCCAGCCCUCGAGAUCCAGUCGCCGCUCGUCAAACGUACGCAAUCCUCCCGUGCCGGCCCGGCGAAGACCGGCAUUCGUCGCAAAGCACCUCACUUUGACGAGCCAUUGACGGGCCGCAACUGAUCUGCCCCGACCAUGUCUACAACUCUUGGCGCCUUCAUUGCUGGCGGCAUCGCCGCAUGCGGAGCCGUCACCGCGACCCAUCCCUUCGAGACGGUCAAGAUUCGCAUGCAGCUGCAGGGCGAGCUGCAGGACAAGGGCCACCAGCCGCACCACUAUCGAGGUCCCGUCCACGGCGUCUCCGUCAUCGUCCGGAACGAGGGCGUGCGGGGGAUCUACAGGGGGAUAGGAUGCGCCUACAUAUACCAGGUCCUGCUGAACGGCUGCCGGUUGGGCUUCUACGAGCCGAUGCGGAAGACGCUCACCUCGCUCGUGUUCAAGGACGAGAAGACGCAGAGCCUGGGGGUUAAUAUGCUCUGCGGCGCAAGCUCGGGGAUGCUGGGCGCUGCUGCCGGGAGCCCCUUCUUCCUCGUCAAGACGAGGUUACAGAGCUUCUCGCCCUUCCUCCCGGUCGGGACACAACACAACUACCGGAACGCCGUGGAUGGGCUCCGCCAGAUAUACAGGAAGGAGGGGGUAAGGGGGCUGUAUCGUGGCGUAGACGCAGCCAUGAUUCGCACAGGCUUCGGGAGUUCAGUGCAGCUGCCGACAUACUUCUUCGCGAAGCGGCGAUUGGUGAAGCACCUCGGCAUGGAGGAGGGUCCGGCCCUGCAUCUGGCCAGCAGCACAGUCAGCGGUUUCGUCGUGUGCAUCUUCAUGCACCCUCCGGAUACGAUCAUGUCUCGCCUAUAUAACCAGAACGGCAACCUCUACAACGGCGUCUUUGACUGCCUCGCGAAGACGAUCCGCACAGAAGGAUUCUUCGCCAUCUACAAGGGCUUCCUUCCUCAUCUUGCGAGGAUCCUGCCUCAUACAAUCCUGACUCUGUCUCUGGCAGAGCAGACGAACAAGCUCAUCAGAAAGGUGGAGAACCGGUUUCUACCGAGGGCAGAGAUGAAGGAUUCUUAGCUGCCUCCACCGGCGCCGGGGUUUACUAGAAGCGUAUAUUUGGGUGUAAAUUAAUUACCCUCGUCCACCUAGCAUUUUGUACAUACUAUGCUUCCAGUCCGAUAUAGAGUUGUAUUUCUCAGCAUCAGCGGUCGGCGAGGCUUGGAGAUUCAGCAGGAAGCAGGCCAGUCAAAUAAAUGAACAGGU